AAUGGAGGCUGUGAUUUUUUCUCUUGGGUCGACCCUCCUACCUGUGACCGGCCUGAAAAAAUCAUGCCUGGGUUAGUGAAGAAGAUGAAGGCACUGGAGAGAGCAAAUGAAAACUUCAAAUUUGAGAAUACCAAAUUGGAGGAGAAGGUUGAAAAACUGGAGGAGAAGAUUGAAAAAUUGCAGAAAAAUGUUGAAAAAUUGCAAGCAUUGAACAAGAGGUUGGUUGAAAAGAAAGAAAAAAUGGAGAUGAAAAUGGGGUUUGCAUUGGCUAUAGCAACUUUGUUGUGUGUAUUUUUGCUAUAUAGAAUUAGGUGA